AUGGACAAUACUUGUCUAAAGAAAAUCUUUGUUGGACCGACACCAACCACAUUAACAGAACAAACUCUAGUGAACUAUUUUAGUCGCUUUGGUACCAUCGAUGCACUUGAACUGGUAGACAUGUCUUGUCGAUCAUCAGGGUCUUCUAACUAUCCACAAUCAGCAACGAAUAUCUUUGUAUGUCUCCAUUUCUACAUGAUCACACUCUCAUUAUCACGAACAUCAACUUCUUUUGACGAAUUUAAUCAAGAAUGGCAUGUGAUCGACAAUCAUUUACUACAAGUUCGUCAAGUUGAAUCACGACCAGUUAGUUUUACAGAAACAUCGUCAGGACCUGAUGUAAAUCAAUCGGUAGAAACAGCAUCGCCAUAUUCACCAAGCUUGUUAAGUGGGCGCAUAAACAACGUUAAACGGAGUAUUCCACAAGUUUCGACGGUGAAAAGCACUGUGACCGGAAUGAAGAUAUCUGUCACUCCUGCAUGGUUCGAAGAAAUCAAAGUUAGACCUCCCAUUUAUCUAUCAUCAGUAACGACAACAAACACCGAACUACGCAGAUCAUUUGACACACUUGCUAAAUACCGAACGGUACGAGAUAGUCAGUACAAUGAACCCAUCAGUUUUAUUACUAAGCCAUUCGUGCCAGAUCUGACUUCAACUGAGACGCUUAUCGUACUACUUGAUAUGCUCGCCCAAUCGAACGGAAUGGAGACGAGCUUUGCAAGGACACCAUAUACGUAUGACGACCGUUUCUAUCGCGCUGCAUGUGGUGUGAUCAAUCUGUCCACUAUCCCUCUGCUAACCUUAAACAAUGAUGGAUCCCUGCUCACAGCAGUAUUUAACGUCAAGCUCAAUUUAUCAUACGACGAGAUCACAUCAAGCGAAAAUACGAUCAGAGAAUUCGUCGUUGCUUUCAUCAAUGAUGUUUCCAAGACGUUCAAUUGUAAACCAGAAUACAUACGCGUGUUUGAAUUUUCGCGUGGUAGUUUAGUGGCAAAGUGGGGAUUUACUACACCAGACCAACAGUAUACCCGAGAUCUGGCUAAGAAAUUCGUGCAAGAAGCACAAAAACCAUUUUCUGUCGAGUUACUUGUACUUUCGAAAGCUAUACCCGCUGAUUAUCCGAUCACAUGGGAACAAGUGCCUUCGGCGUUGCAACUACAUCCGAACGACUUUGAACCAAAAUUUGACCGAGACUAUCGAAAUUGGCCUGCUCAUGAUUCUAUUCAAAAGCGUGGUAAUCGUCCAUACUAUCGUCCAAUCGGAUGGUAUCGACAUGCAUUGCGUGUCAUUGAUAAGUAUGGUAACAAUACAAGUUGGCUGGGCAUGAAUAACAGACCUGAUGAAUGGGCUGUUGCAUAUCACGGCACUAAAAAGGUAGCUGUGUCACCGAUCAUGAAAGACGAACUAAAACCAGCCAAUGUUGACGCUUACCGAUCAACGGUAGUGCGUGAGAAGGGUCCUGUAGCCCAGAACGGAAUCUAUCUUGCCACACAUUGUAACAAAGGAGCGGAUGCAAAUCGAUAUGCUGACAGUUUUACUGUAAAAAUGCCGCCCGGUGCUGCGACUGCCGAAGAAAAAUAUAAGGUUGUGUUUCAAUGUCGUUAUAAUCUUGAUGCAUAUACCGAACAUCCGUGGACUUGGACACCAGAACCCUACGAUCAUUUAGCCAAAGAAAUCCGUGUUUAUCAGAUGGAUGGUGUUCGCCCUUAUGGAAUUUUGCUGAAAAAAGUGGUUCAAGACAUGAGAUGUAAUUUAACUGGUGUAUGGACCUGUGAUGAUGAAGAACGUCAUGUACAAGAUGCUGGUACAUAUUACAUAAGUCAAUUUGGUGACAAGGUAUUUUGGUUUGGACGACAACAUAAAGCAUCUUGGAAUUUUGCUAAUGUUAGUUAUGGUAUUAUAAAUGAACAUGUUAACAAAUUGACCAUGCAAUGGGGUGAUUUACCCCUUGCUACGAAUAGAUAUUUUGGUAAACUAAUAUUAGAAAUAUCAUCAGAUUAUCAGAUUCUAACGAAAAAAGAAAUAUGA